AACUGAAUCCGAGCAGCGAGAUAACCGCAGAUAGACGACGAUGCGCCCCGCUGCCGCGCACCGGGGAGACGAUCAACACGAAGGACUCGGAGAGGCUUCGGUCCCCGGAGACGGACAUCUUCACUUCCUUUAGACAAGAAGAAGAAGAAGAAGAAGAGGAGGAGGAGGAGGAGGAGGAAGAGGAAGAGCCAGAGCCGCGAGAGGAGCGCCUGGAGCGCCUGGAGCCGCGGGUCUCGGGUCGGCGGGGCGGGGUGAUGACUGGGUUCCGGUAUAAAGCCAGCGAGACAACGGGAACCAGACGAGAUGAGGAGCCGGCCGCUGUCGUUCUGUACCGGAGACUAGCAUGAGCAGCUCACCGUGCGCGUGCACCGGGGCGACGGUGUGACGUCUCGAGGCGCGCCUCCGCCCCCUGUCGCGACGAUGCGGACGCUCCUCGUCUUCUGUCGCCUCUUCCUUCUCACCGGCGCCGCGGACCGGGCGUGGGCCACCGGAAACCUGACGGUGGACCGCGGCGAGGCCAACCGGACCGGCAGCAGCGGCUUCAUCAGCAUUGGGGACGGCUCGUCGCGGGAGUUCGAGUUCCCGGAAAACACCAACGGCGUGAUCGUGCUCGCCAGCCGGUACCGGAGCGCCGCGGCGGCGAGCCGGAAGGGCCGCGGCGGCAGCUGGACGCAGACGGUGACGGUCCGCUCGCUGGACCCGGAGGUCCUGGCCAUCCUCAACGUGACGGCCGGCGGCCCCGCGGCGCAGAGCUACGUCAUCGGCAUCCGCUCCGGGUUCCCGGGCCGGGCCCAGCUGCACAUCCAGCUGCUGGAGCUGGACCGGGACUCGGCGCCGGUUCUGAUCGAGGAGAGGACGGACUACUCCAUCAGGGUGGCGCCCGGCGGCGACGACCCGGCCGCCCGGCUGGCGCAGUCCGGCGGCCUGGCCCACUUCUCCGAGAACCCGGUGCUCUUCGCGCUGCUGCCCCUCAUCUUCGUCAACAAGUGUGCGUUCGGCUGCAAGGUGGAGGUGGAGGUUCUGCGGGGCCUCCUGAGGAGCCCGGUGCCGCUGCUGCUGGGCGUGCUGGGUCAGUUCCUGGUGAUGCCGCUGUACGCCUACUGCGUGUCGCGGCUGGCGGCGCUGCCCAAGGCGCUGGCCCUGGGCCUGGUCAUCACCUGCUCGGCGCCGGGCGGCGGCGGCGGCUACCUGUACAGCCUGCUGCUGGGCGGCGACGUCACGCUGGCCGUCUCCAUGACGCUGGUGUCCACGGUGGUGGCGGCGGCCGCCAUGCCCCUGUCGGCGGCGCUGUACGGCCGGCUGCUGGGCGUGCACGCCGCCCUGCACGUGCCCUUCGUGAAGAUCCUCGGCACCCUCCUCUUCAUCGCCAUCCCCAUCUCGCUGGGCAUGCUGGUGAAGCUGCGGAUGCCGGCGCUGACCCGCGUGCUGCUGGCGCUCAUCCGGCCCUUCAGCUUCGCGCUCAUCGUCGGCGGCAUCUUCAUGGCGUACCAGAUGGGCUGGUCCAUCCUCGCCGACGUGCGGCCUCAGACCGUGGCGGUCGGCGUCACGGUGCCUCUGCUGGGGCUGGCGGUCGGCGCCGCCAUGGCCAAGCUGGCGGGCCUGGCGCCGCCGCUGAGGAAGACGGUGAGCAUCGAGGUGGGCGUCCAGAACAGCCUGCUGGCGCUCGCCGUCAUGCAGCUGUCGUUCCGCCGGGCGGAGGCGGACUUCGCGUCGCAGGCGCCGUUCAUCGUGGCGCUCAGCAGCACCUCGGAGAUGCUGCUCAUCGUGCUGGGAUACUUCGCCCGGCGGAGGCUGUGCGGCGGCGGCGGCCCGAGCAGCGACGCCUGAUUGUAGCCGCUGGCGUUUUGUGUCUUUGCUCAUAACUUUUUGAAAGAACUCUUUCCGACCCGUGGGCCGCGGCGGCGUCGCAGUUUGGUCGCCGACAGAUUUUCUUUCCCUUGUUUUCGUAUCUUUCGAACCAAAGGCCUUUUACCCCUCUGAGACGCCCCGCCCCCUUCUUGUUUAUUUUACAGUAUGUACUUUUUAAACAUCAGAUUCUACUGUGAGGUACUCAGUGUAAAUAUUCCUCAGAAGAGACGUACCCUAUCAAAAGAAAAGAUAUUUUUCUACCAGAUUAC